CACACUCUGUAAAUUGAAGGUAGAAGGAAGAGAAAAGGAUAAGACUUUGAAGCAAAGAGAACAAACCAAAAAUGGCAGCUUUGAGAUCUAUGGCCAUCUCAUCUCUACAUUCACUUUCUCGAUACGAAAGCUGCUUCCUUUCAUCUCAAUUUUCAAAACCCUUGUUCAUAAAUCCUUCUCAGAACAAACCCAGAUUCUCAAUUUCGUUUUGCCUCAAGCAAAGUGACCGUGAAGAGAGGCAAAUUCAACAAGAACCUAGCAAAGAAGAUGACGAAGAAGAAGAAGAAGAGUAUUGGGUUGUGGUAGCCGUAAGAAGCAGAUACAACGAGAUUGUUAUAGUGGAUACUGUUUCUUCAAGAUACCUACUCCUUGAUUCAACUCAGAAUGUGCAUAGUGUCAUCAAUAAAGGAGGUCAGAACUGGACUGGAUCUUAUUGGGAUGAGUUUGCAAGUUUGCCUCCUAUUAUCCCUGAUGGUCCUAUUGCAAUCUAUGGCUUGGGUGGUGGAACAGCUGCAAGAUUGAUUCUUGAGUUGUGGCCAUCUAUGCAGCUUGAAGGUUGGGAGAUUGAUGAAAUUUUGAUUGAGAAAGCAAGAGACUAUCUUGGGAUGUCUGAGCUAGAGAAACCGACCUCACAAGGCGGUAGACUUUCUGUUCUUGUAGAUGAUGCUCUCUCGCCUUCUCAAGAUGCUACAGGAAGAUAUGCUGGGAUCAUUGUUGAUUUGUUUGCUGAUGGAAAGGUCUUAGAUCAGCUGCAACAGGUCCCGAUUUGGCAUGAGCUGGCUAGUAGGCUAAUGCCUAACGGUCGCAUUAUGGUGAAUUGUGCUGGAAUCGAAACAGAACUGCAGAAUGGAAAACCACAGUUGGUGUUGAGUGAUUCAGCUUGGAUGUUGAAUUCUACCGUCAAGAUCUUGUCAGAAGCAUUUCCCGGACAAGUUAGCUGGAAGAGAACACCAGAUUCACAAGGUCUCAACUUUGUUGCCUUGACCGGAGGCUUACCUGAUCUUAGUGACUGGUCUAACAAGGUUCCAGUUCGUUUGAGCGAAACAGUGAAACAAUGGAAGCUGUGCGAGACUCUCUAACAAACCGAUGUUUUCAAUUGCAUUUUAACAUGUGCCAUCAAGAAAUCAACCAAAUUGUUGAAUUUUGAGGAAUCACCUCAAAUGCAAAGAUUUGAUCAAGAAGCUCAAAUGUGUAUAGUGGCAACAAGUUUGUUCUUUGGAUUUUUCUUUUUGCAGAUGUGAGUCUGACUUUGAGUUACAAGAUUCUGAUUGAGCUGUUACUAAUCUUACUCUCAGUCAUUAGAUCUUCUCUUAGCUAACUAAAUUCAAACACGUUAAACUGA